AAGACGAUGUCUUUGCCAGCCGGAGUUGUUCACAAGAGGAGGGCCACCAUCACAAAUCUGCCUCUCUACUACUCUGGACACCUGCUGAAGAAACUCCCCAAAGAGAAGGAUUUCAAUAAGUACUACGGAGAGCUCCGGGGCACCACACUCUUUCUGUACCAAGAUGACACACAAGAUACGUACACAGAGAAGGUGGACCUGGAGCAGCUGAAGUCCAUGGAGUUAAAGUUUCCGUCUCAAAAGAAGGCACCAACUAUCUUCAACCUCUCCCUGCACAAAAAGGAGUUGCAGCUAAAGAUGGACAACUUGGACACAGGAAAAGAGUGGAGGGGCUACAUCCUGACUGUGGUCAAUAAAGAGAUUCCCAGUAAGCUAAAGCUGCUGCCUGGCCAGAUGUUGCUGCUGCAGGAUGUUCUGGAUCAGGAGAGGAGAAGAAACAACCAGAGGCAAUGUCCAACCCUCCCGCCCCGACCCCGCUUCCUCCAGUCAGCCUCCGCCUCCCUUACAACGUCGGAAGACGAGCUCGACCAACGUGCCCCUGAGUUUCCAGCGUGUUUCUUCAGCGUGAGUCGGCAGGAGGCUGAGCGAAUGUUGGAGGCAAACCCCGAGUGCGGCAGCAUUAUCCUUCGCCCUUCCACUCUGGCCAACAACUACGCCCUCACCCUCAGACAACUGAUGCCCAGUGGGCCAGUCAUGAAGAACUACAGAGUGACCUCCACCACCGAUGGGUUUGUCAUUGAACUGGACACAGCAGUGACGGUCUCCUCCUUGAUUGAUGUACUUAACUAUUUCCUUGAAAAGACAGAGUACCGUUAUCAUCCCUACAGGACACCCCAGCUAUACAACACUUGCAUCGACAUGUCACCUGCUACAAAGCAUGUCAAUAUGACUCCACCUACACCUAAAUCUAAACCACUACCCAGGGCAAAAGUGGCACCCACAAUGCAUUCACAGGCCAAAGAAGAGCUUCUGCCGCCUCCAACCAAACCAGAAGAGAAUGACUAUAUGGUUCCUGAGGACGAGUGUCCUGAUGUUCACAACCUGAAGCUAGUUCCAUUCGAUGAAGAACUUCAUGAAGUUUUAAGGUUACGGAGGGAAAACGUGUACACUGAAAUUCUCUCACUGGAAGUCACCACAGAGGUGAAUGAAACCACUGAACCGUCCCACUCAGGCAAAGCCCAGUGGACCACGGAGAGUGACAGUUAAAUUCAAAUGGAAUUCAAAAGUUCUCAAUCACUGAAAGCAGGGGCC